AUGCUCAAAGGCAAUGGAGAAAAAGGGAAUUCUGUGAUUGUGAAUGGCAGCUAUCUUUUGGUGGUGGCAGAGUCUACAGUUUCAGAAGAAGCCAUAGCUGAACAGGAAGAAGAAGAAGUGGAGGAAUUUUCCCGGCGAAUCCAGUUGCUUUACGGGAACCCAGGCGCCGACCCCCACCAGCCGCCGCCGCCGGCGCUGCCCAGGAAGCGGCCGUGCUUCACCCCCGCUUUAUCUCUGGAGCCCGCCACCGGGCAUGCGAUGCCCCGGCCGAGGAGCGCCGGCGGUGAGGUCGUGGAGGUGCAGGGCGGCGGCCACAUCAUCCGGUCGACGGGGCGGAAGGACCGGCACAGCAAGGUCUGCACGGCCAAGGGCCCGCGGGACCGCCGGGUCCGCCUGGCUGCCCACACCGCCAUACAGUUCUACGACGUCCAGGACCGGCUGGGCUACGACCGGCCGAGCAAGGCCGUGGACUGGCUCAUCAAGAAGGCCAAGGCCGCCAUCGACGAGCUGGCCCAGCUCCCGGCCUGGCAGCCCACCGCCGGUUCGAGCCCGAGCCCGAAUUUCGAGCAAAACGAGGACCAGCAGCAGCGUGUCGGCUUAAAUUCCGAUUUAGUGGUUACAAUUAACGAAAACGAGAGCUUUCUUCCGCCGUCUCUGGAUUCCGACGCCAUAGCCGACACCAUAAAGUCCUUUUUCCCGGUGGGGGCUCAGGCGGAGACUAGGUCCUCUGCCGCCAUGGAGUUUCAAAGCUUCCAAUCUCCCGAUUUUCUCUCGAGAAACAGCCACAACCGCACUAAUACCCAGGAUUUAAGGCUUUCGCUGCAGUCGUUUCAAGAUCCAAUCUUGCUCCACCACCAUAGCCACCACAGCGCCGCCGCUCCCCUAGGGUUUGACGGGUGGACAGAGAGCCGCCAGCACCAGGCGGCCGAGCUCGGCCGUCUCCAGAGGCUCCCGGCCUGGAAUCUCCCCGGCGAGAGCACCGGCGGCUCCACAGCUGGGGGAUACCACCUGCUCAAUUUUCCGGCGGCGGCGCCGGCGCUGCAGCAGCUAUUUGACCAGAACCAAAUUUUUGCACAGAGGGGACCCCUUCAGUCCAGUAACUCACCUGCAGUUCGUGCUUGGAUGGACCCACCAUCCGCUGGACAACUCGACCAGAGCCCGCACCACUUUUACCAGCAAUAUCCGUCGGCUCUGCCUAUCUAUCAGUCUCCGGCUACUGUCGCCGGAUUUUCCGGGUUUCGAGUGCCAGCACGAAUUCAGGGUGACCAUGAGGAGCACCAUGGCUAUGCCGAAAAGCCAUCGUCUGCUUCCUCUGAUUCUCGCCAUUAA